GGCGACCUGAGUGAAAACUGGGGCGUUGCGGUGAAUCGGGAGCCGCACAAUGCACCACUGAGCCCGGUGCAGAACAGCUUCUGCCUUUGCUUUUCCAGCAGGAGCCCGAGCGCCGUGCAGCGCCGCGCGUCCAAACGUGCUUUCCCCAGGAAACACCCGUGUGCUUUCAUCUCCUGCGCCCCGUCGGAAUUACGUAAUGCCAUAAGACAACUUUCUCAAUAAGCUUUGAUAAAACUAUGGGGUUUAUUAGCAAAAAACUGUUGAAAAAGAGGCUCUCGAAGGGCUUGCAGGGGUGUUAACCUGCGUGUCCGCUCAAACAGCCAGUGCGGUGAGAUCCAGCGCGUUCCUGUCCCAGGAGAUGUCCCUGUUGUGUUAUUUCUGAUCUGGUCCUGCCCUGACCGCAGCGUCACUGUUUCCCCGUCCGUUCUUUUUAGUUUUUCUAUAGAAUUUCCUCCCUAAGGUUUUUCAGACAGUGGGUAGCUCAGUUGUGAGAAAGGAGAUAAUGAUCAGUUUGCAGUUAUAUUAAAGCUACUCCGUACAGGCAAAAAUCUGUGAAAAAUGAUUCCUCCCGAGGCAGUGCAAGCGUGGGGGUGUCAGCUUUCUGCGAAGCCUCAGAUGUCACUAAUGGUCCAAAGGUCUCACGACGCUUAAAAUUAAACCUGCGUCCUGUUCCAGCCCCGGUUGGGUAACAGUGCCCUGGUUCUUAUGCAACGCUGUGAUUUCCGCGGGUCGGGGCACCCGCGCCGCCCUCUGCCAGAGCCAUUUCUGGAGGGUGUAAAUAGAAAAGGCGGCGUGUGGAUUCGGUGUCGGCUGCACCGUGACCGAGUUCUGGGGCUGGAAACAACCGGGGCCUCAAAAAUGGGAGCGUGAGGCAGCGCGUUACUGAACCGUCGAGGCUUUGCAUCAUGUCAGGCAGCGCGGCCGCUCUGCGUUGGUUUUGGAGGGAGCCCCUUUCGUGCGGGAGGCGGAGGGACGCGCUCCGGGGACGCAGCCGCCGGGCGGGAGAGCCCUGAGCUGCCUUCAGCCCCGCGCUACCAGCCGAGGAUGCUCUGAAAAUGCGAAGGUGCUGCGGGGGCGCGGGGCUGCCAUGCCUGUUUAAGGGUGUGGGGAUGGCCAGCCCCCGGCCUCCCAAAUACCUCCUGGUCUUUGAUUUUGACGAGACCAUCGUCAACGAGAACAGCGACGAGUCGGUGGUGCGGGCGGCGCCGGGGCAGGCGCUGCCGGAGCGGAUCCGCCAGACCUUCCGCGAGGGUUACUACAACGAGUACAUGCAGCGCGUGCUGGGCUACCUGGGCGACCAGGGCGUCAGGAUGGGUGACUUCAAGGCCGUCUAUGAGAGCAUCCCGCUGUCCCCCGGCAUGCCCGACCUCUUCCAGUUCCUCUCCAAGAACCACGAGCUCUUUGAGAUCAUCCUCAUCUCCGACGCCAACAUGUUUGGGAUCGAGUGCAGCCUGCGGGCAGCCGGGAUCUACUCGCUCUUCCGCAAGAUCUUCAGCAACCCGUCGGGCUUUGACAAGCGGGGCUACCUCACCCUGGGGCCCUACCACAGCCACAAGUGCCUUGACUGCCCGGCCAACAUGUGCAAACGCAAAAUCCUCACCGAGUACCUGGCUGAGCGGGCCCAGGAGGACGUGGAGUUCCAGCGGGUGUUCUACGUGGGCGACGGCGCCAACGACUUCUGCCCCGCGGCGGCACUGACAGCGGCAGACGUGGCGUUCCCGCGGAAGGGCUUCCCCAUGCACCGCCUGGCCCAGGAGCUGCAGCACAAGCAGCCGGGCGCGUUCCAGGCCACGCUGGUCCCCUGGGACUCGGCCACCGAGAUCGCCCGGUACCUGCAGGAGCUGCUCAAGAAGAAGGGCUGAGGUUGGGCCGGGAUGCCGGCAGCAGCGACCAGGCCGAGCGGGGCCACAUCCUGCGCCCCACGUCCCAGCUGCGCUCCCGCCCCAGCUCCUGCUCCCCGGGAUUGAAGCACUUUCUCCAGGUCCCAAUUCUCCAUCCCUGUCCAGGCAAAGCCUUCUCUAUGCAGCUCGGACGUCAGCCCCGCGGAGGGCGGCAACACUAACAGUGAUUUCUUUAUUAUAUAUUUUUUAAGUUUGAUUUUCUUUUCUUUCCCUUUUGGCUUCACAAGAGCAAUCCCUAGAAGCCAUGAGCACCGCCAGCCCCAGCUCAGCAGCUGAGCCUUUGCCACAGGGUUAACUGUCCCUUGAGACUUUAUUCUCUGAAAUAUCACGACACGAGGAACAGGAAACCUUUGGGAAGGUGGUACCUUGGAAAUAAAACCUCCCGUAGCGCCCAGGGCAUGAGCAGAGCGAGCGUGUCGCAAUGCGGGGGGACCGGCCCUUGGCUUCCACCUCCACCCGCUGCUGCUGCUCCCAGGGGAAUGUCCCCGUGUCCCGCGGGUCACCCCGUGUUUACUGGAUCACACCGACCCCCUGCCCUGGGCCAGAGGUGCUGAACCCCCGGGAGGCGCUGGGGCUCUUCAGUAUCAGCAUCACCCCCCGGCCCCCGCAGCAUUAAUCGCCCUGUGUAAUUGCACUCUGCCGGGAGCCCCCUGGCUGCUCUCUGCUUCUCCCGGAUUUCUCCACAGCCUUACAGGUCCGAGGGCAGCUUGGGACCCCCCCAAAACCACAGGAACCCCGACACACACCUGAGCAGCGGGAAAUAACCAAAGCAGCCCCAAGUUGUUCCUCCUCUGUCACCUCCCCCCUCUUUGCUCUUCCUCCUCUGGACCCUGGUCAACUGUGUGGAACUUAAAGCCAUGGAAUUAAAACAAAAUACAUAUA